ACACCGCGUCAUAGACUUGGUGAACGACUGGUACCGAUCAUACAACUUGCAUGAGAGGCUAGCAAACUGUGUGGCCAAGAGCUAUGAGCAGUAAUAUUAAACAACAAGACAGUGGGCAGUGUCCUGUUGCAGUCACUGAAGCACCCUCCCCCAGUUCCCCACGUGUCUUUGACUACGAUGACAACCAACGACACCACAGAAUUUGUAGUCGCCACUGGCGCAGCAUCAAUCGAAGCACCCUCGGGAAAGACGACUGUAGAGUUUCUCGACAGAGCAAAGUCCAGAACGUUUCCGUCGGAUACGAAGACGUUCCUCACAUCAAACAUCAUCACGAUAGUCGUCGUCUCCGUCGGGUAGCCUCAGCAAAAGAAAGUCACAAAACGCGAGAGAAACUCCCCGUGCGUCGCACCUUUAGCGUCCGUGGCGAAGAGGCUGGCGCGCUCCAUCAACAUUAUCAGCACCAACAUCGACGACGGUCGUCUCAUCGGAACAGUCAGCGGAACCAUCGUCUUUCCGAGAUACGUGCUGGAGGUCGCGACCGCUUUUCAUCUCGAUAUUUACACUACCAAGAGGAAUCGUCCAGCUGCAGCGGAAGUUUAUGGAGUCCGGAAACAGUAACUGAAUCAAAAUAUACUGAGUUGGACUUAGACGGAGUUUCCAGCAAUCCUCCAAAGGAAAUUCAACGACGUCGAAUUGUGUGCGCUGUAGUGCUAACCGCUUUAGCCAUCUUGAUCUCUAGUGUCUUGCUAGUAACCAUCACACUACUGUUGACCCCUUCCCGCAGUGUCAUGGACAAAGAUCUUCGUAAAGAAAAUGAAGACAUAUUCCGAAUUGUACCUUCCACUAUGUCACCAUAUGGUAAUGUAGACAGUACCAGUGUCAACCAAACAUCCAACGUCACUGGACCACCCGGAUAAUCACAUUCCACUGUUUGUAUGCUUACUAGUGGGCAGUUUUAGUGACAGCUUAAUGUGUCAAAAGCAUUAUUAAUAGCAAUAAGGUUUUGGAAAAAGAAAUAGAAAAACGUGAAAUAAGAUAUUCUCCCACUUGUCAAAACUUUUUCUAAGUAGCCUGACUGUCAGGAUUUUAAAAUAAUUUAUUACCACUUUAUUUCAAAGGAAACUCGAGCAUUUGCCAAAACAUGGAAAAAAAAUGAUCAAAAUGUAGUGGAAUUAUCCGUUAGGCUAGUGUUCUUUGGUGCCUUGUGCAUUUAAAAUUCUGUAUAAGAGAUAUUAGAAAUCAGAUUUAUCCAACGACGACUUAAUCAACAAUGAGGGAAAAUUGUUUGAUGCUAUAGUCAUGUGUCUAAACAGUUUGAGCACGCGGUUCUUCGUGGGAUAAUGAGUUUUCAAAGCUGACAUCCCAACCUUAUAUAUCUAUACACUAUAUGUACAUCCUUCUUUUACAGUAUUUUCAUUCCACUUAAUCGUAGUUUUGCUGUAACCUUACGUAUUGUGUUUACUUCGUAUUCUAUUGUUGUGCUGUUUUUCUUCUUUUCAAAUAUCGGUAAAUAAUUUUGUUUACACGCUAAAUUUGUACGCAUACCAGAGAAAAAUACUAAUCUUGACUGACUGCAUAAAGCUUUUCAAAAUCCAACCUUCUUUAAAGUGACAUUAUUACAAAUAAUUUACAUACAUAAGUUAUAUAAUAAAAAAAGAACAAUAUUAACAGUUAACAAUAUUAUUCUACUUAACACAAAAUAAUACACAAAAAAGCAGAAAGAUAGAGUUUGUUUUUGUACAAUAACUGUGGUAUUACCAUUUCAUACUUAUUUUAUAGAAAGAUAUUGAAAAUAAUUUUAAAUUUUCUGCUUUUCCUUCAUUUCAAAAACUAUAUUUUCAUUAAAAAAGUGGAAGUUACAGAAGUUAAGCAGGAGUGUUAAGUAUAACGUUGCAAAAAAACCACCAUGUUUUUCUUUUUCUUCAAGAUGUAAAAGAUGCUUUGGCAGCGCUUUUCUAAGUGUCGAUAAAAAUCUAAACUUUACAUUCAACUAAAUUAAUCUUCUGUGCACAGUGUUAUCGAGAAAUGUUUGGUCAGCACACUUCUAAAUAACUUUAUAGGCCAAAGAAAACAUGGUAAUGUAUUCGCAGCCACUUAUCCUUUAUUGAAAAUUUUGCACUGUAACCAUUUAUGUGAGCAUUACUCUGACAAAAGUUGCUUUAAAAUCAAACAUCCACAAAUCUGUCACUGAAACAACUUUUACCGAAAGAGAGAAAAAAAAACAGAGUUGAAUAUGAAAUGUUUAAAAAGAUUUAAGAAUUCAUAGACAUCGGGCAAGGGGGGGGGGAGGGCCUAGGGAGCCUCUUAUGUCUAUUUAAGGGGACAUGGGACAUCACCUGCUUCUACCCUUCCAUAGAUUCGAUAGGUUUACGAUUUGCUCAACUUAGUUUUUUACCAAGAUAAUGAAUCAUCAUAAACAGAUAAAAAUUCAAAUAAAUUUUACAGCUAGAGGUAGAGUCAAAACGAUAAUAUGGAUAUCAAGGUGAGAAAUAGAAGGUGAUGAAAACUGGCCAUGAAACUUCUUAUUUUCAUAGUGAUAUCCCUUGUAAUAUUUUUUCCUUGAUUUCCAUCGUAUACUGGCCCCCACUGAAUCAAAAUAAUCCCAAAAUUGGCAUUCUACAUUUUCCGUAGAACAGUGCUCCCGAAGUCCUCUAGUUUUAACUUGUCUAAGGCUUCAUUCCCUCCCACAGACAACAUCUAUGGAAUUAUAUAUCGAUUGUGGGGUAUGCAUGAGAUGUAUUAUGUAACAGUUUUAGAUAAGCAAAUAAUUAACAGGCAAUUCUAGUUCUGUGUAUCUACAGAUAAAACUGUCUUAUCACAUAAGUAUCGAAUCAACAUUGAAGUAGCUGAACAUGAUAAAUAAGUUACCAAUGAAAUUUAUAUUCAUUGGGAAAUAAAUGAUGUUCUCAAACUCUCAGAUACUUCGCGAACACUUUUAUCUAAAGUGAAGUUAUAUCAGUUUAACUAAUUGAUAUCAUGUACACACAUAUACUGUUUUCUGUUUUUUACCGAUGGUGAAGAAGCUGCUAAAACAUUAAGUUAAAAUGUUAAAACUACUUUAAGUGGAAAACAUUAUACUCUUUAAGUUUGUUUUUAGACUCAUAAAAAUAGCAAUUAUGAUUUACAAAUGUUUCGGUUAAGCAAUCAGAGUAAAACUGCCUUUCUAUACUACAACACAUUAACAAAUCUGUAUGUAAUUUGUGCAAGAUAUUAAGCAGCCUGUAAAAAUCAUUAUACACUGGACAAAUUCUGAAAAAUAGCUUCUAAAUGUUAAUCGAAUACUGUAAACAAAAAGUUUUUACCCGUAUGUUUCAUUCAUUUUUUAUAGCGUUAUCUUAUUAACUGAAUAAACAUUUUCAUUAAACCGGUUAAAUUAUUAAUCGAAGUGUUCUAAAAUUAUUCCUAGUGUCCAAUUUUUUCAUGUCAUGCUGCCUUAGAUUGAACAGCAGAUCUUGUCAACUUCAGUAAAAAGUAAGUAAUGGAAAACCAAUAAUGUUUUCAGGCGUAACUGGAAAUAUCUAUUGGAGCACGAUUUUAUAUAAACAGAAGUAGAUCAGAAAUCAGCCAUGUAUAUGAUAGCUUUGCCAUUCUCAGUGUUUAGCAUUUUAAUGACAGUUAAUAAACUAAAUAUAAAAGCAUGUUUGCUUUAAAAAAUACAUGAACA